AUGAGGGUGGAGGAGGUGUGCUCUCCCAUUCUUACGUUCUGGGGUCUGUUGCUCAGGAAGUCCAGUAUCCAGCUGCACAGUGAGCUGCUGAGUCAUGAAUGGAAAGCAUGGCUGAUGUAGUCGUCUACACAUUCGGCAAAACAACAAGUGAAAGAUCCUUUUUCGAUCCAGGGAGGAGACACAGACCGCUCCGGGGAUCUGCCAGAAUCUGCCAAAUCAAACGUGGAGCUACCGGCCUUCGGGCCCCUUUGUGAAUAAGAGAGCAGCAGCUCUGUACAGAAAUCCAAAUUUUACCUCUUAAAGGCCUCAGAAACCUUCUGUUCUUUGGCUAUUUCACAAAAAACUAACAUCAAUCCUUCUAUUUUCUUCCUCUUAUCCAGUCAGUAAUGCGGGGUGGUGGAGGGGUUGGAGUCCAGAGGCCCCAUUAUAGCUAGCUUCUUGGCUAACACAGAGACAACCAUUCACACUCACAUUCACACCUAAGGCCAAUUUAGAAUGGCCAGUUUAGAUAACCUAAUGUAAUGAUAACUCAGGUGAUACCGUGUGAUUAGGAGCUAAAAUGGGUGCUUACCACUUUAAGGAUGUUAAUGCAAUCACAGCAGUGGUUUAGUGACUUGAGGGGCGUGGCCUAAGAAGACGACGGUGUCAUGGUUUUCUGACCUGUACACAAGUAAGUUCUUAUUUUUGAUUAUAUCUAAAUGGUAUUCAUUAUUACCUCUUUAGUUUGAUAAAUAAACCGUCAAAUCCUAAUUCAAGUGAAAGACAUUUUUCUAUAUAAGAACACGUGUCAGCCACAAACUCUUUUAUUACCCUACAAAUAUUCUAACGUCUCAGCUUUGACUAUUUUCCCUGAGCUUUUUAACUUGUUUGUAUGCAAGGCCGUCAAUUAAAUCUCUGCAAACCACCCUGCACAGUACAAAUGAAGCCAAUCAGCUGAGUUUCUGACUGUUAGACUCCAAUUAAGUGACGUUUAUCCCAAUAAUAAAAUAAUGUUAAAAAUAAUGUUGUUUUUUAACUAGACUUUAAUUGUUACUGUAAAAACAAACUAUCAAAAAUCUCUGAUAUAAUUCAGAUUUGAAAACUUGAUGUCAGGGUCUUUAAAUGACUGCUUUAUUUUCAGAGAUACGCUUGUUCACCUUGUUACACCCUUCUGGAACUCUUUCUUGCCUUGUAGUGGCAGUGCAAGAGUCUCUGGGUGUUGCCAAGGCUUAAUUGCCAAUUGUCUACACUUCCAGAGGUGUGGGUAAAGGCAUGGCUGAGGAUAGCUUGGGGGAGAUUACAUUUCUCUGGUGUCAAUCUCCACUUUAUGAACAGGUCUCUCUUGUAAAUGAGACAUUAGGUCUCAAUGGGACUACCUGUAUAAAAAAAGGUUAAAUAAAAGUAAUAAAUAAAAACGUGGUGGCUUUUGAGCUGGAUCGAAACAGCUUUCUUAAUUUAAAAAUUGAUCUGAUGGCUACAGUAAUUCAACAGUCAACAUACUAAAAGUGUUGUUUACUCAAAGACCUUACUCACUUUAGGUAGUGUCAUGUGUUCUCACUGUUUCACCAGCAGAGAUUCAGGGUUCAUAGCAAGCUAAGCUACUCGCCUUCUGACUCAACCUCCACACUCGAAACACAGUCAUGAAAGUUGACCUUUUCACCUGAAGCAUCCGAAGCUGAGAUGCCAACAACCUUGUACAUGUCGGAAAAAAUGUGUAUUAAGUUGUGCUAAAGAAAUGUUUUCACCAAAUGACUCAUGAAUAAGCAUGCAGUCCUGAGCUACAUUUAUACUGUAUACUGAGCGAUGAUAUGCUCAUUUUUGCCAAAUUUGAGGAUUGAAUCUCUCCUGUGAAAGUCAGCAGAGGUUAUUUAUAUAUUCUGUAAGGGAAUAUGAAAGUGUACUAUGGCAGCUCAAAGUCAGCAGGAGGCUGAAUAAAUGUAACUGACAGAAAGUGAUCAACAUGGAUCAAUUACAGCCAUUUAAUCAGGUCUUUUUAAGAUCAUUUUAUACUCAUUACACAGGCUGACUGAGACUUCCUGGUUUAGUUAUCCUCUAUUGAUGUUGCAUCAUAUCCAACAGGUGGCAGCACUGAUUAAGAAUACAGAGGUUUUUUACUCUUAGACCAUUUGCAGUCUCCACAUGAGGAUGUGAAGACAGUCAGUUCCAUAUGUUAUUCAUCAUUACAGAAAGCCUUGUAUUUAGGAAGGCCUUCACAAGCAGAUAAUGUGUUUCCUUAGAAAAAACCCCCAAAGCAAAACAAUGCACUUGAUCAAGUAAGCAGAAAAGGUGAGCUGACCCUGAAUUCCCGUUUAGAUAAAUACACCGUGGGAGAGACGAGCUGGUCUGAAAAGGGGGAAAAAAAAGGUUGAAGUGAAAUGACAGUUUGUCCUGUCAGAGGUUAUGGAGGUUAGACUAGCAACACAAGUGUCUCCUUUCCGCACGGUGCCUAGUGGCCUUGUCUGUGUUUACACAGGUAACACGGCUGAAGCUGUGCGUACGUGAUCGUUGGUCAGACUCUACAAGAAAAACGAAAUGACGGAAACAGCAUCAUUCUGAAAGAGUCUGAGGCAAGUUUGCCAUGUAUGAUAAUGAGUGGAUCUGGGCUGGGUUAAAUUGCAUUAAUCUACCCCCCGGGGUGCUUUUUGUCCUGCUGUGGCUGAGCUUAAAUACAGGAAGGAUAUCUUACAAGCUAAUGAGGUGAGAGGGGAAGCCUGAAGACUAAAAUAGGGGAUUAAUAAGCACAGCACAGCGUGAUUAGUGUGAAACAGACACAUUGUAUGUGUGCGGGUGCGUGUUUGUGUGUAGGCUGAUGUGAGUAAAACAACGUUUCUUUACACCAGCCCACAUUCCUAAAUUGAUAUCACAUUCCUGGAUAGGCUGAGGAUGCACCACGAUCUCAGGCUUUCAAGUGUGAAAUUACCUCUGACAACCAGAGACACCUCAGCUUACUUCUUCAUGAAAAUCAGAUCAACAGCUUUAACGAUUACUCUAAGCCUUACAAGGUGCAUUAUACACAACACAGCCAAAGGGUGAACUGACGCAGGUACUCGGGUCAAAAGCACACUUUCAUUUCGACGUCGCAAUAACACGAGAGCAUGGAACCAAGCCUGAUUUUUCCAAAACACACACAUGCACACGCGCACACGUACACGCUGCUCUGGACAAUUUGUAAUCUUGAUGAAAGUGAUUGUUUGACAAUAUGAGGAAAUGUCGCUUUCAGCUUUCAUCCUAAUGAGUGGCUCCAAGUACUAGAAGCUGUGUGUGUGUGUGUGUGUGUGUGUGUGUGUGUGUGUGUGUGUGUGUGUGUGUGUGGUAGCUAGACUGUGAGAUGAAACUAGAGCUGUCUGAAUGAGUCUUGGCCCCAUAAACUCCAGAUGAAUCGGUGUCUUCUUGGUGGCUGGUAUUUUCACAUGCUAUUUUCCCCUCUGCUCGGCCACUUAAAUGUGAUUACAUAACUGUGUGAGUUAUGAGCGUGAUUGGGAUACAGAGGAGGGGGUUUGGUGAAUUAAAAUAUGGUCAUUCCUUCAUUUCUCUCCAUGUCUGUCUUUCUCCAUUCAUCUCCAUUUGUCAGUCUGUUUCGCUGUGUAGUAGCUGGCUGCAGAUCAAAAGGAUUUGACUGCCUGCAUCACAACUCUGCUUAUUCUUUCCUCACCCAUAACCUUUUCAAACUGAUCAACCCUGAUUAUUAAAUAUUUUGCGUGCUUACGUUCUGUAAUCUCUCUGUUUGGUCGACAGUUGUAUAAAUCUACACCAUGUGCAUCUGGAUUGGACACCAAGAGCGGCAUCUGCACAGGCAAAACAGAUACGAAGCACCGUCUCCAUCCUCGGAAACCCCCUUUAACAACAUCCCGAUCCUCCCACAGAGAGUAUAAGCUCGUCUUUGUCCUGUCUUUUUCCGCUCAUCUCCCACCCAUUUGCGGCAGAUGGCCACCCGUCCAUGAGCCUGGUUCUGCAGGACAUUUCUUCAUGUUAAAAGAUUGUUGUCCCCCUUAUACACCAUGGAGGGGUCAUUUUAUAGACCAAAGAGGUAUUCGCCUGAUCAGCACUCUUGCUCGAGAGAAGAGAGUGGAUACUCCGAUGUCAGCAAUAUUGCAAAUCGAUGCAUUUUCCCAUCCGCCUGCUAUGAUGGAUCACUCUGGAAAACCUCAAAUUGACUGGAAAGCUGAUGUAUGUGCUAUAUUAGUAUACUCAUUAUUCUUCAAACCUGAGUUCAGCUUCUCUUUCUGCUUUUGUUUCGAGUUUCAAGAAAUAGGAGCUGACUGCAGCAACUACCAACAUCCUUAACAACUUCUAAAAAUGACACAAAACUUUGACCUACGCAGUCCAACUUCUUCUUUUCUGUUUGGUCAUGCUUUUAUCGGACAUCAGCAAAAGUCACCUAUAGCUAUAGAUUUCUCAGUGCUGGGACGCCGGCCUUUGACCAGUUUUUCUGCUCAGAAUGACAUUUUUAAAUCGUUAUCUGUACAACUGACUGACGGAGGCUUUGGCUUGAAUUCCAGAGUUAAAUCACAGAAAGCAAGACUCCCCUUCUGUCAGGGAAAGCUUAAGCUUAAGCUUAAGCAACGAGACUUUAACUCAUAAUAGUAUUAAAGCUGCAACAGGCACCUCAGCAGGCUGUAUUCUCUAAAGCAUAAUUCAGAAAGGAUGUCUAAUAUUCUUACUAAAUUGUCAUUUUUUUAAAAGUUUUAGAUACUGUUUAAUUGAUAGUUAUUUUGAAUUUGAGGAUAAAGUUUCAUAUUAUUUUAUUUAUGAAGUGCAUCAGAGUCAGCAUGAGGUUUUUGGGGGUGAAUGAUGGGCUGAAGUGUGGCUCUGCAUCCCGACUCAGUUUGUGAAGAGAUUCAAGUCAUAAAAGUGGGUUUGCUAUUUUAGGCAUGUGCUACACAAAAUAUACACAGUGUAACUGAAAACACUGUGAAGCUUUGUUGGUAUCAAACAAGAGCAAAAUCUUACGCUGAUUAAAAUCAGAGUCAGCUCUACUGGCCACAAAUAUGUACACACACAGUGGGCUCUAUUUUGUUAAUUGCACACAAUGUGCUUAACAGACUCGACAACCAGACAACAACAGCAUAACACACAAUAACAUUUAUAACACAUAUACAUAUGUGCAGUGGUGCAGAAUGUGACAAUCUUGGAGUAAUAGGGUGGAUAACUGCUUACUAUAUGCACAGAUAUAGAUAUGUUCAACUUAACAAAAUUGUAUUACUGUUUAGGUAGAAACAGUAACUGAAACCAAGGUCUUUGUGGUUUUGGCAAGUUGUUUUUCAGUUGAUCCUUAGUUCUUGUUUAAUCACACUUCACUCAUAAACUUAUGAUAUUAUAACAUGCUUUCAGAAGAUAAAUUUUUACAUACUUCUAUCUACUUUAUCUGCUUCUAUGCCCAGGGACUCCAGAUGGAAAUUAGAUAGUAGCUAAAUCUGGUGCAAUGCAUCUUUUCUCUUAGGAGAUUAAUGUUUGUUUUUUUUUGUACAUGGUCCCGGACAAAUAAAGUGGAAAUGAAAUGAAACAAACAGUAUCAAAGAGGGAUGUAGACUCUGUGAUAUCACCCACUUGUUUUGAAGUUUUGGCUGCCACCUUGUUGUUUUUUUGUGGAGACAGAAGUUACCAUAUAUGGAUGAAAGGGUGGAGAGUUAAGUUGUCAGCUAUUGCUUUUGAGGUUGAGCUGCGUUAAAUAAACUGUAUGUGUGCGUACACACGUAUGUGCGUAUGCACAUAUCUACUGUUUGGUGCUAAGGGACAGAAUAAUAAAAUACUAAAAUGUGACUCUUGAACACACACACACACACACACACACACACACACACACACACACACACACACACACACGUAGUGAAAAGAUCUGGUUUAAGUAAUGGACUUGAAGUACUAGAAGUGUGGCCUAAAGGAUUCCAGUUGUGACUCUUGUAAUGAGGGGAAAAGUUAUCCACAGAGACCAAACUGGCUGUUAGACAUGCUUUUAAUUCUGUAAUGCAGUUUUUGGCACUUCACUUCACAUCACCUGUUUUUAAUCUACUACACCCGUUACCCCUGUCUUCACCUACCACUUGUCAAUUUUCUUAUUCUCGCUGGGCAGGUUUUCAGAUGUUUUGCAGUAUUCAUUGUUUGUGUUUCUAGUGAUUUCUCCCCGUGUAUGACCUUUGUCUGCCAUCGGAAAUUUGCCUCUCACCUGUUCCCAGCUUGAUUUGUUUGUCCUAUCCGACUGCCUACUUGUGCAUGACCACGGACUGUUUGAUUAAAGAUUGUUUUCGACUACCUGUGCCACAGAGGUCCUGUGUCUAGAUCCUCUUUUCUGUGAAACUGUUAGACAAAGGGCAAACACUACCAUGAAAAAAUCUCAUAAUUCUGCAGUCACCACAUGAAAAUAGAUUAAAAAAAGAAUAAAAAAACCCAAAAACCUAAACAAACACUGAAAUUAAAUUUGCCAGGUGCAUAUAUUAACAAUAGACUCUCAUUAAACUGAUAGAAACCCUGGAUGCAAUUAUGUUUCCUUCAGACAUUUUUUGCUGAUGCAAUUUAGAGAAAUUAAAUUUCUCGGAGACAGGCUUGCUUUAAACUCUCCCAUCACACCUUUUGUCAGUGAAAAGAUUCCAGUCUCAUUAGGUCUGCUGUUAAUAUGAAAAUAUGAGAAGUGAUUAGCGGCUUCACGAAAUGACAAAACACAGGACAUCACGGAGGGAGGACAGUGAUCUAUGGAGUGCUCGAGCAGCUCGGUGGUGGCUGACAGUGUUGACAAGUGGAGGUGGAGACAGGCCUGUCAGAGGUGAGUGGAGGGCAUUGCAAGACUGGCAAAAACAAAAUAUUUUUCUUAGACUCUUGUCAUUAUGUGCACACAACACUUCCAUUAGUUAUGUUCUUAUAAUGGCGACUUUUUACCAAACACACAUAUUGUAAAGUGCAUAUGCACCUGCAUGCACUAAAAUGUGUUGCUGUGGGAUUGUGUAUAAAUACCAUUGUGCGUUCCUUGCUUUUCAUGUCAUUUUCUCCUUAAAUUCAAAAGAAAAAAUAGUCUAAAACAAAAUCCACCUGCAAGUCUAAAUUGGACAAAUGUUAGCAGACGAAGUGUUUGAAGGCCAGACUAGGCAACUAGGCAACAUGACUCUUAAACAAGACCCAACUCAGACAGGCACACAGUUAAAACAGUUUAUUUAAAGAAGAGUUUGCACAGGAAUGAGUGAAAGCCACAGGGCUCAGGGAAUAAUGUGUCCUAAGGAGAGGAGAGAAGGAGUCAGGUCCAGCGGAGCGCAGAAGGAAAUUUCCUAAUGAUCCAGUUUCCAGGAUGGUCUCAAAGGUAUGCAUGAAUUAUCUUAAUUGGAAUGGAUAAGCUUGGAGGGAGGAGCACUGGCCUGUCCUCACAAAAGGACAGGCCUGUGGGUCAUAGGAGGGUGGCAUGGCGAGAUGGAGCGUGUCCUGGAAGAGAAUUCCUAAGGAGAGCGGUAAACUCAAAGAAGGUAGAUGAGGUUGCUGAGGUAAGUCUUGAGGUCCCUUUCAUCUGCAGGAUGAACACAGGAUCAGUACACAUAUAGAUAUCAGUAGGAAUAAACAAGAGCCUGUUUACGACUUGGAGAUGACAGACAGUCUGGCGGAGUCCUGAUGUUGAGAAAUAUCAGCUGCUGAUGAGAUCAAUGAACCACAGGUGCGCUCGCUGAGAAGCUGCCUGUCCAACCAAUCCAAGAACAGACAGAGAGAACAGAGCCAAACACAACGGCCCAAUACUGUAUUAUGAUGGAUGGAUGAGACAAAUUUGUCUCUGUUCUGUGAAGUGUGAAGUAUGUUAAAUAAGACUAUAACUGGACAGCUUGUAAAAGCAGCGUGUGUAUUGUUUGGAAAGCAGUGGAAUAAGAAAUAGGAACAGAAAGCAACCGGGAGUGAAGAGCUUCUUCAAAAUAACGCUUAUUCUUUUGAGAUGUGCAAAACAAAAAGGAACAGUGUGUAUUAUUUCAGGUCUAUUGGCCACUUUGAGGAUCAUCCUGAACCUUGUAACCAGCUGAUGUGUAGAGUGCUGGAUCUAUUGUAAUAUCUGUAGGUAGUUAGUAUUCUUAUAGUAUGUAUUUAUAUUAAUGUUUAUAUAAAGGUGCAGCUAUUAUUUAUGCUGUAAAUCUUGCAUAGUCCUGCACCAUUGCUGUUGUUUUUUUGGGGGGGUUUUUGCAUCAUAACACCUUGUUUGCAUACAAAAAAUGUAAUUCUGAUUCUUAUUGUAAUGAGUGGUGACUGUGGUUGAUGUAAUUACAGUAAAAGCAUCAGGAACAUGUGACGUGGGUGCACUGAGUAACUGUAAAAAUCUCACAAAGGACGUUUUUGAAAGUCAUCUCAGGAACAAGCUGAGCCCUUUUAAAUUGUCAGCCGCAGGGCCAGAAGAGAACAACUCAUCCCAGACAAAUUACAAAAACAAUUUUGAGUGUCCUUCCACUGUUUUCUUUCUUCGCCAAUUUUACCGCUGAACAUAAACUUUAAUAAAUCUCCUGAAAAAUCACAAGCAGCGUGAAGGAAUUCAGAUGUCCAGAGUGACAAUCUAUGGAUAAAUCAGGAAAACAGGCUCAUAACUGUUAGUGACAGAUGUGACACUUAGUCAUGUUUCCUGUUUAUCUGUGUGUGUCAUCGAUCUUUAACAUUUAAAGUGUCCCAUAACAAAUAAAUGGAGGAACGCACGAUCUGUUUAUAUUACAGAAUAUAACAUUUCCAGCCUUUUGUCCCCCUUUUCUUUUAUAUGCGAGAGUUGAGCUUUAUAUGUACAAUGAUAAACUCUGGAGUACUUCAUAACAACAGAUGAGACAUACAUUUUCCCCAAUGGGCUCAUUGUGCAUCACAAGAAUUCAAGUCCAAAUGUAGACCAGACAACCGUAAUUUCCUUCUUCAUUUUUAAAAAGGGAAGUGAAACCUCCAGUAUUUGAUAAAACAGUACGUGUGGUGAGGGAGAAGCUCAUUACAUCCUCACUUGAGGACAUUGUUAACAAUAGCCUACACAUGUGUGGUCUGUUUUGCUUUUGCCUCUGGAUCCUGAUCCGAGUGUCCUUCAGCACCAGAGUCACUGGCCUCAUUGGGCACAAUGUCACUUUGACAUGUAGGUAUGAUGCCAAAACCUAUGGAGUCCUGAGUUUUUGUUGGGGCAAAGACAGGGUGCCCACAUCCAAAUGCUCCAACACCAUCCUCUCCUCCACCGGUGAGGCUGUGUUUUACAGAGGGUCCUCCAGGUACCAGCUUUUGGGCCGAGUGACAAAUGGAGAUCUGUCGCUGACCAUCCUCAAUGCUCAGAGGGAAGAUGCUGGGGUGUAUGGCUGCAGGGUUGAGAUUCCUGGGUGGUUUAAUGACCACAAGGUCGACAUUGAACUGAUCAUAGAAGAAGGUGCGUUGGAACAACCUGUUACACAGAGCUACACAAUAACUACUGCUGGAACAACAGGUGCUACAGAAAUACUGACAGUGUCGGCAUCUGAAAGCGUGGAAGUUGGUCACCAACAAAUGGACGCAGUUCAAAGUGAAACAGAUCAGGUGAAUUUCUUCUCGAGCAUUGGGAACAUUGGCAGGAUGGCAGGUCUUUUAUUGCUCACCAUAAUCAUAAUCCUCUGCUUUAUUUUCCGAAGGAUGUUCCUGAUGAAGGAGGCACUAAAACAUCACAACUCCAUAACUGCUGAGAAUGUUUAUGAGAGCAUCGCGAUGACAUAAUGCUGUUGAUCAAAAAUAAGACAUCAGAUUUCUACAGUAUAAGGAACUUCUGGCUGCAGAAGUGAAUGCCUGACGUAUGUCUAACCUUCCCAUUUCUGGAGCCUCUGCUUAACUAGUUUCCAGUUAAGCAGGUAACAGGAGUCACUACAAAGAUCUCACAGAGAAGGGUGCAUUUGUUUCACAAAUUGCAAAAAGAACCUAAAGAUUAAUUAAUGUUUGCAUUUACGCUUUCUUACUACCCAGAAGAGUUUUGGAUUGUCUGUACUUGCAGACACAAUACCACCUACUGGCCCUACUGAGCAAUAACAAGCAAAUGUGAAAAACAAGUUUGUUAGGUAUGACAGCACUAUUAUCUGAGUAUACACCUCUCAGCUAUAAUUUAAAAAACUUUUGCAUGACAUGGCUCAAAUGAACUGUGACACAGGUGUUUAGUGAUGUGAAAAAUAUGUACUGUACUAUAUGUUAUAUAAGCUUUUUAACCACUGAAUAAUGUAAAAAUGGAAGAUGAUUUGAGAAAGAACCUUUACAUGCCAAGACUAAUUGUUUAUGGUUUAUUUAUUUCUCUCUAAGUCGUGUCUCUGAGUCAUUUAAAAAGUCUUGUGUAUGCUCUGUUACACUGUAUUAGCAAACUGAAUAAAUGUAAUUACCUCUACCUCAUUAUAAAUCUCCUUUAAAUGCUUUUCUCUGGAAGCCAAAAGUUAUUAAACACAAACCUGAA